AUGGCGACAAAGCGCGAUCUUAUUCCCGGUGAAUUUCCAAGAAUGCCCUUCAUUUCUACGAGGAAUUGCGAAGCGAUUAGUUGUACACAUGUGCAUAUCUUUGUUGGAUUCUCAUUGUGUGUUCCAAAUGCCACAACUGCUGCUUUGGUUGGUCAAAGUGGCAGUGGCAAGUCAACUGCGAAUUGGCAAAAGCAAAGAAUUGCCAUAGCAAGGCUAAUUUUGAAGAAUCCGAAAAUUCUGCUUCUGGAUGAAGCCACAAGUGCAUUGAAUGCUGAAUCUGAACGUGUUAUUCAAGAAGCCUUAGGAAAAACCAUGUCAAAUAGGCAUUGUCUCUUUCAGACUGAUGAUCCAGAUUAG